AGCCGGGUGGAGGCGAUGGGCGCGCGGCUGAGCGGGGCUUGGGGCGGGGCCGGAGCGCGGGCGGCGGCUGGGAGCGGACGGAGCAUGGAGCGGCAGGGCGGCGGCGGCGGCGGCUGCUGCGUGUGCGCGGGGCGCGGCGCCCCCCGGUACCGCUGCCCGGGCUGCCGGGCCAGAUAUUGUUCUGUCCCCUGCUACAAGAAGCAUAAAGAACAGUGCAGACCCAAACAGGAUCAGGUUGUAAAGACGCUGAUUACAGACCCAUCCUCACCUUUCAGAAGAGUUAAACCAGUGGAAAAUGAAGGAAGCCAUUGGUCUGUAGAUGAUAUCCUGACAGAAGAUGAUGAGGUGGACAGAGUUCCAUUGCAGAAACUCAAACUCUUAGGGGAGUCUAAAGAACUGAGAAGCUUACUACUCAACCCCCAUCUGCAGCAACUUCUGUUAACUGUAGAUCAAGCCAAAGAAAAAGAUUCCCUCAUGAAAAUAUAUAUGCAAGAGCCAUUAUUUGUGGAGUUUGCAGACUGCUGCUUGAGGGUUGUUGAACCUCCAGAGAAAGAGAAUUGGCUUUUGGAGUGAGACUCUUCAGGAACAGAACUAAUCAUGAAUUUUUCUAAACCUGGAAGAAAUGUUUUAUUACCAUGUGCUUUGCUGAAACAGCCUCAGAUGGUUCUCUCUCUCUCCCCCCCUACCCAGUAAAACAUAUUUAACUCCUGGAUGUCUGCACUCUAAUUCUCACCUCCAGCGUUGUCAUAGGGUAAGCUAUGUCACAGGUGGCUGAAGAGAGGAGGAAUAUGUAUGCAUCUACUAGGUGUAAUUGAAGGUUAGUGUUUUAGUGCUGUGACUUACUUUCUCUUAGUACAGGUUCCAUUGCCAACAGUAGCUGUGCUAGGCAUUGCUGCUGUCAGGUGUGUAAGGAAGGAGAAAGGUUAGAUUAAGUCCCCUAGUGUUUAAAACUUUAUCCUUCAAGCAUUUGACAAACCUUGCUGAGAAAUUAGAGUCCAGAGAGCUGCACAAGAUAUUUAUUAAAAUGCUAGGUAGGGAAGAUUAACAAACAAAACAUACAUUUCCCUGCUUCAGGUCAAGCAAGAGGAAAAGAGCCCUUUUGAGCUCUCUCUUGCUCUAAAGGUUCCCAUGCUAAGAAACACUUCUGCCCCUCCACAAUCUGACCCUAAUCCUGGGGAUGGGUGCAACAGUGAAGGGCUCUGGACCUUAGCAGCAUCAAGAGGGUGAAACUUGUUGUAUACUUUUAUCUGAGUUUGGAGCAAUACAAUUUAACUGCUUAAAAGCAGCAUGUUAAUUUUUCUUCAGCUGGUCAGAUACAUUGAGCCCAGUCUUAUGAUCCCACUUUUCCUGAGACAGUUGUGUCCAGCACUAAGCUCCACCAAUUCUUGUAUUUUAUUCAUAAGCAUUAGCAACCUGUUGAAUUUUAGUGCUCUUCGAGGUAAAUGGCUGUAUGUUUGCCUCGGGGGGGAAGAAGAGAUUGGGGGAUGAUCCCUACUAGUGUUCAGAUUUCUUGAAAAACUCACUGUUGACCUCUUACUUUUCCCUAUGCAGUGGAGGGCUGGAAGGAUAUUUUACAUCAGAUCAUAGAGCUAUUUGUUCAAUUAUUUCCCCAAAAAUAAUUUAGUUCUAUUAAAGGUUGUUGUGAUUGUU